GGUCUACACAUGCUUCCUCCAACGUUCCACCUGCAGACAAACCCUAAAUACAGUAAUUACUAACCUUAACCUUAAUCUCGAGGAUUUCUCCUUCCGAGCUCCUCUUUCCAAUCCUCCUCAAACUUUCUUGGAACUACUUCGUGCUGACUAGACCUGAUCUCUACAAGAUCUUACUUGAUGAACACUUUGAUCGACACCCAACACCCAACCACCAACCACCACGCACAAAAUGCAUUGUAUCGAUUGGUAUUUAUAACAAUACUACCAAUAUUGUCAACACUACCAACGCUACCAGUGCUACCACCAUGUGCGUGCGACUGACUGCUACUGCCGCUACUACGGACCGAGCUACUGCUACCGUCCUAAAAUGAGCUGCUGAACUUCGCCUCCAACAAUGGUCGAAGGAUGUUGAUCUCCAAAUUUUAAUGAUGACCACACAUCCAUCCUAAUGGGACGCUACAUGAAUCCUAACGGCAACCUGCCGAUGGACGCUUCCAACCACUGCAAGGCAAGCAUGGCCGGGAAAUCACGUUUUCGUACAAUCCGCUCUCUUGGUAUAAUCUUUGUUUUCCCUAUGCAUGGCCGUUCCUUCAAUGCCAAUUUCCAACUGACUGAGGCUCAGCCUGGAGUCAUGGCAUGCUAUGGUGUUGGUUCACGGAUUCCAUAUCAGCCCUAAUCUUUCUUGCAUCCAUCUAUCAUAAGGUUCUUGAUGUUCCACCAAUAUUCUUGGGGAAAAGAAAUAAAUCAGAUAUAAUAAUCGGAACAUGUAACCGUGGGCAUUUCGUCAUCUGCAUCUCAUUUCUUUUUUUUUUUGGAUUUGCAUUACUCUCUUCUUAUCCCUCGAUCUCUUUGCACACAUUCAUCUACUGUCUUUUCUGGUAUUCAUUCAUUCAUUGACUCCUUUCAUUCACUCCUUCUGCUUGAGCACUGAGUAGUGGGGGCGACUCUCUCAUCGCCAUCUCAUUCUCGUCCAUUCGUUUGUUUGCAUUCACUCUCGUUACAGUGUGUGUCGAAGUAUUUAAUCCGGCGAAUCUGAAGUUACUGUUUUCCAGACUUUUCUUCUGGUCUACUUUCCCCUCCUUUAAUAGCCCAAUCCAUCGCCAAUCGCAGUCUUUACUACUAUAGCACUGUCAUAGCAUUUGAGAGAAUCCAACCUGAAGAUCAAUCGCCAUAUCUACGAGAUUUUUGUCAGCAUGGUCUUCUUUCGAGGAGCCUCAAUCGUGUCCAUCCUUACCAUUGCUGGUUCAUUCCUAUCGCAAACGGCUCAAGCAAUCCCAAGACCUCACGAUCACCGACCAAGGGGCUAUGAUUAUGGUGUAGACAUAGGAGCAAUUUUGAAGCGGGAUGUUACUCCUAUUCCCACUACUGGAGUCUCAUUUAACAGCUCAAAUUCGUCAAUACCAGUUCGUCAAGAAAUCCGGGAUCUACAAAAGAAUGCGGAUCUUUGGGAGCUAUAUAUUUUGGGGGUAUCAAUGAUGCAAACUAUCAAUCAAUCAGAUAUUCGUUCAUGGUACCAAAUAGCCGGCAUUCAUGGUAGACCUUAUCUUCCGUAUGACGGAGUCCAAGCUACUCCCGGUGACGAAAAUAACGGAUAUUGUACCCAUGUCUCGAUUCUCUUCCCUACUUGGCACAGGCCUUACUUGGCACUUUAUGAGCAAACACUCCAUAGUAUCGUUGUAUUCAUUGCAGCACAGUUCUCUGCUGGAGCCGAGAGAGACAGGUAUACUGCUGCUGCAGCCAACUUCCGUAUUCCGUAUUGGGAUUGGGCUGUUGUACCACCCACUGGGGAGAGUGUUUUACCCCCAAGUGUUUCGACCCCAACUAUAACUGUCAAUGGGCCUGCCGGUGUUCAAACAAUUUCCAAUCCACUGUUUAGUUAUCACUUCAACCCUUUGGACCCAUCGGAGUUACCUGAUGCACCUUUCAGCCAGUUUCCCCAAACUUUGAGGUAUCCCACAUCCAAUGAUGCCUCUGCUACUUCACAGAACAACCUUGUUGCUCGACAACUUGAUAAUAGUGCUGCUUCAUUCCGGAACCGUCUGUAUAACCUCUUCACCAAUUAUCACGACUACAGUACGUUCAGUAAUGAAGCAUGGAUUACCGCCUCUAGCCCGGGAGAUUUCGAUUCCAUUGAAUCCCUCCACGAUCAAAUUCAUGGAUUGACAGGAAGUGGUGGCCACAUGGCUUACAUCGACUACUCUGCCUUCGAUCCACUCUUCUUUCUUCAUCACGCAAUGAUCGAUCGUUGUUUUGCCAUUUGGCAAACCUUGAACCCAGACAGUUAUGUUUCUCCCAGAGAAGCUUCAUACAGCACCUUUACCAUGACGGCUGGAACCACCCAAGAUGUAUCUACACCACUCAAGCCUUUUUACGACGCCGGUGGGAAAAACUUUUACACUUCUUCUAAUGUUGUCUCAACAGAAUCUUUUGGUUACGCAUAUCCGGAAACAUUACAAGGGGGAAAUACAACUGCUCAAGCAAUCAAGGCCAUAAAUCUUCUAUACGGGACGACUGCUCCGGCAAAAACGGUUUCUCGCGGUUUGAUUCCAGGUCUCGCCUCUUCAGGUCUCGCCUCUAAAUUAUUAGGACGGGAGCACCAUCUUAACUCAACAUAUGAUCUUCUCUCCUUCGCCCUCGCCCCGAACGGUCAAUACACCGAAUGGAUUGCCAAUAUUCAAGUGCAGAAAUUUGCCCUCUCUAGGUCGUUUUUUAUUCACGUUUUCCUUGGACCUUUCGAAGAUGACCCCUCGAGUUGGUCAUUCGAACCUAAUCUAGUCGGCACGCACUGCGUUUUUGCGAAGCUUUCAUCCUCAGGUGCCUCUGUAGCUGAUCCUAACCAAUUGGUAACAGGGACGAUUCCUCUUACUAGUGCUCUACUCGACGAUAUUUCAGAAGGUCAUCUGAGAUCACUGAACGAUGUGGACGUCGAACCAUACCUUAGAAAGAAUCUCCAAUAUCGCAUCACACUUCUAAAUGACACGGAAAUUGACAACUCCGCUGUCCCAAGUUUGAAGCUUAGUGUGGUGAGCUCUAGUGUUCAACAAAGUACGGUUGAUCAUGAAUUGCCAAAAUGGGGUUCGAUGAUUAGUCGUUUGGAGUUAUUUGUCGAGGAGCUGAAGGAGGCAUUGGGAAAUACAACCCUAAUAGGUUAUUGAUUUGAUCUUGGGUGUAUUAGCAUGUCAUGGCGGGGAGUUACGACUUUUUAGUCGAUUUUCUUUCUUCGGGGGAUGGAAUUUUGUAGAUGAUCCGAUGAUACCAUUUUGCAUGUUGGAUAUUGGAUAUUGAAUAGCCGAUAGAUGAUGCGAAAAAUAUGUUACA